AUGAUACAACUCUCAGUAGAGCAAACUAUAAUACUCAUCUUCCUCACCAUUGUCACCAUCACUUCUUCCGCAGCCGACAGACUCCAACCCACCUCCCAUGUCCUCCAGGCUUCCCCGGGAAACUGCUCAUACUCAAUUGAGAUUGAGACAACCUGUGCACCAUCUGCCGAGACAACCGAUCGCAUUAGUGUUAGGUUCAGUGACAUGGCAGGGAAUCUAGUCAUAGUGAAGCACCUGAAGAACCCAAAGUUGUUAUAUGCUCCAAGAGGUAUGAAGAAUCCAGGUGGUGUGUACGGUGGUUUCCAGCGUUGCGCCAUAGACAUGUUUGAGGCCAGUGGAGCAUGCAUGAGCCAUAUCGUGUGCUCACUGUACCUUAAGAAAUUCGGGUCAGAUGGAUGGAGACCUGGUUGGGUGAAGGUACUCCACCGAUGGGAUGAUGGGCGUUUAGCACCAGUGUCACACACAUUCUACUUUAGGACCUUUGUGCCAGAAAAUGUAUGGUAUGGGUUUGAUUAUUGUCGCUCCAGAGGGGGCCUUACGCCUCAUAUUGCAAGUUUUAAUGGUUAG